CAAGGCAUUUUCACUCAGUGAGAAGAGCCCAGCAAAAUGGGGAUCUCCACAGUCAUCCUUGAAUUAUGCCUUUUACUGGGUCAAGUUCUAUCCACAGUGAUACCAACAAUAGAAGACACCACAGGACCCGCUGUUUGGGAGACGCAGACCCCCGACUCUGGAUCUGAUUCUGGUUUGGCCCUGAGGCUGGUGAACGGAGGUGCCAGGUGUCAGGGCCGGGUGGAGAUCCUGUAUCAAGGCUCCUGGGGCACCGUGUGUGACGACAGCUGGGACAUUAACGAUGCCAAUGUAGUGUGCAGGCAGCUGGGCUGUGGUUGGGCCACGUCGGCCCCAGGAAGUGCCCGAUUUGGCCAGGGCUCAGGGCCGAUUGUCCUGGAUGACCUGGGCUGCAACGGGUAUGAGACCUCCCUGUGGAGCUGCCCCCACAGGGGCUGGAACAGCCACAACUGUAGACACUAUGAGGAUGCUGGUGUCAUCUGCUCAGCUGCCCGGCCACAGUCCACGCUCAGGCCAGAUUGGUGGGACACAACAACUCCUACCCAUGGUCCUCAGCCCCAGACCACUGCCUGGCCAAGGUCUGAUUCUGGUUUGGCCCUGAGGCUGGUGAACGGAGGUGCCAGGUAUCUGCCCGUGGCCCACCUGGAGGAGGAGGCCAGUGCCAAGUGGAGCAACCACAGUGCCGCCAUCUCCAUUGGGACCUUUGUGGUCGUGGUCCUGGCCGUGGCAGCCUUCAUACUGGGGAGAAGCACCCGUUCCUCUGGUGUCCAGCUUCUGAGUGCUGAGAUCUGCCCGGCCACAGUCCACGCUCAGGCCAGAUUGGUGGGACACAACAACUCCUACCCAUGCCAAGGUGGCACCUUGGUGGGGCUGGGAAGCUGUCUCUGGCGGUCUCCUGCUGCAGAGGCUCAGGUCCUGGGCUGCUCAGGGCGUGAGACCUACCUGUGGAGCUGCCCCCACAUGUCCUGGAACACCCAAUGUGGGGCCUGGGAGGACGCCAGUGUCAUGUGCUCAGGUGCUCAGCCCCAGACCACUGCCUGGCCAGGCUCCUGGCACGCCAUGAGCGAUGACAGCUGGGACAUCAGUGACAUCAACGUGGUCUGCAGGCAGCUGGGCUGUGGUUGGGCCACAUCAGCCCCAGGAAGUGCCUGGUAUGGUCAGGGCUCAGGGCCGAUAGUCCUGGAUGACCUGGGCUGCUCAGGGCAUGAGGCCUCCCUGUGGAGCUGCCCCCACAGGGGCUGGAACAGCCACAACUGUGGGCACCAGGAGGAUGCUGGUGUCAUCUGCUCAGGUCCACAAAUCGAUCCUACCAUCGGAGGAUUUGUUCCCCUGGUCAUUUUGGAUGACAAUAACUAUCCCAGUCAUCCCGUGGAGCGCUGUGACCAUGUUACUGACAUGGCCAAAUGGCUUGAAGGCGGCUGUAACUACGAUUACAUUGAAGUGUUCGACGGCCCCUACCACAGCUCCCCGCUCCUCGCCCGGGUCUGUGACGGCGCAAGGGGCUCCUUCACCUCCUCGUCCAACUUCAUGUCCAUCCGCUUCGUCAGCGAUGGCAGCAUCACGAGGAGAGGGUUCCAGGCUGAAUACUACUCCAGUGCUUUCCCUGAGAACACAAAGCUGCUCUGCCUGCCGAAUCACAUGCGAGCCAGCGUGAGCAGGGGCUACCUCCAAUCCCUGGGCUACUCUGCCUGGGACCUUGUCAUUCCCAACUGGAACAGGAACCGCCAGUGUCAGCCCCAGAUAACAAGCAGCCAGGUGACCUUCACGAUUCCCUACUCCGGCUGCGGCACCGUCGAGCAGGUGAGCCUGGGGCUUCCCCUCCAGCUCCUGCUGAGCGAGCUUUCUUACAGUGAUGUCAAGAACGUGCAGUAUGGGAAUUUUGACUUGAAUGUGUCCUUUUAUACGUCCUCUUCAUUCUCUUAUCCUGUGACCAGCAGCCCAUACUAUGUGGACUUGAACCAGAAUUUGUACAUUCAGGCUGAAAUCCUCCAUUCCAAUACCUCCUUGGCCUUAUUUGUGGACACCUGUGUGGCGUCACCACAUCCCAGUGACUUUACAUCUUUGACUUAUGAUCUAAUCCGGAGCGGGUGUGUGAAGGACGAAACCUACCAGUCGUACCAUCCGCCAUCGCCCCACAUGGUCCGCUUCAAAUUCAGUUCCUUCCACUUCCUGAACCGCUUCCCCUCCGUGUACCUGCAGUGUAAGAUGGUCGUGUGCAGGGCGAAUGACUACUCUUCCCGCUGCCACAGAGGCUGCGUGGUGAGGUCCAAGAGGGACGUGGGUUCUUACCAGGAGAAGGUGGACAUUGUCCUGGGACCCAUCAAGCUGGAGGAUGCCCCACAGGCUGAGAAGAAGAUCCUGGACCUGCCUGUGGCCCCCCUGGAGGAGUAGGCCACCGCCCAGGGGAGCGAUCACUGUGCUGCCAUCUCCGCUGGGGUCUUCGUGGUCGUGGUCCUGGCUGUGGCAGCCUUCAUACUCGAGAGAAGCACCCGUGCCUCCGGUGACCAGCUUCUGAGCACUGGGAUGUGAAGCAGGAGAAUACUCCCGGGGCUCAGACAGAGGCCCCCGGGCUCUGCAACCCAAGUGAAGAAGGAGGAAACCAGGGCACCCAGAGUGCCCAGCGCU